UACAUAGAUCCGGGAUGGAUCUUUUUGAUAUACUGAAAGCGUGGGAUGAAUGGUAAGUUUAAAAGACCUGUGCGAGCGGCAGCGUUCAAACAUUUGGUAUUUCGCAGUAUCCAAAGCAUUACAUGAGGAACUAUGAUCGUUACGCUGUUUGCAGUCUUGGGGCUAUUUGCCUCGUUUGCGAGCUGUGACAUUACCAUAGAAGACGUGGUUGCCCGCAGAAUCAAAAGCAGACGUAUUGCGUUUGAGGCACACUUGAGAGAUAAACAAGCAUUUAUUCCCUUAAACAGGCCACUGAUUUUUCCCGUGUGUACAGUGAACGAGGGCAAUGGCUAUAAUGUGAAGACUGGUGCAUUCACAGCACCUGUAGCUGGUCUCUACACGUUCAAUGCUCAUCUCUGUAACAAACCUGGCACCCACAUGGUGUUUGCCAUCGUGAAGGGCAGCGAUCAAUUAGCAGUUUCGACUACCUAUGAGAAUACCGGCUCUGGAUGUGGUUUUGUCAACACCAUCGUUAGGCUUAAGAGGGGAGAUGUUGUUAGGGUAGUGGCAAAAUGGACCGGCAGCCACUUAUGGGCAAAUCUUCACCGUUGGAAUUCAUUUACUGGCUACUUUGUAUACCCUUAGUUUAAGCUUUAAUUAAUUGUUUAAAGAAGUGUUCUGUGGCUUUAAUGCAUAAAAACAUUCAAAUUAAAAUUAGUUUGUAAUCAGUAAAACAAAACAAUUUAAUACACUUUAUUUAAAGAAAGGCUUGGAGUGUUAAAUUCCAAAGAUACAUUUAUAUUUAUAUCAUGGAUAUUUUAUAGAAUUAGAGAACAAAAGAAAUGUAUACAAUUAUAUAUUCAUGAAAGAUUUAGAAAAUUUAUAGAUUGAAAACAUUUAAAUUUUAAAUAAAAAAAAACAUAUGCAAUAAGUUUACAAAAAAUACAUUUAUAUUUUUACUAUUUUCAGUUUUUCUUAUCUCGAAGUGUCUUUUUUACUAUUGUACUGAUAUAAUUACUCAGAAACCCAAUAAACAGAUUUCGUUACAA